AGGGAUUGUACUUAAAAUGUUUAAAAUGUCAACCUCAAAUAAUCGUUUCGAUAUGCCUGAUUUUCCUGAUGAUAUCGAACUUCCUUUUCCUCCUAAAAUAAACAUUUACAAUUUAUUAUCAAAAAGCAAAUUACCUGAUGGAACUAAUAAAAGAAUUCCAAAUGCGUUUAUAAUUUAUAGAAUGGCUUUAAAUCACGAACUUGUGUCUAAAGGUUAUAAAUAUUCUUUGUCACAGGUUUCUACUAUGGCUAGUAAGGCUUGGAAGAACGAAUCGAAAGAAGUUAAACAAGUAUAUAAUAGUUUGGUUAAUAAUGCCAGGGUUCUAGAGUCUUCUUUAAAUGAUGAAAAUAAUAUCACAAAUUAUAAUAAUGCAACGAUAGGCGAAAAUCAAUUGUUUUCUCAGAACGACCGAAACACAGUUAUGUCACCUACAACUGCUACUAUUGCUGAGUCUUACACACCAGAAUUCAUAACUUCUGAAAACCCAAUAUUUAUAAGUCAUAUUAAUUCUUACCCUUCUCUUAAUAAUCUUGUUACAACCAACAUUUCUUCAUUUGAUGAACGUCUUCGCAUAUUAGAAGAACGUCAAAAAUUGAUAGCUGAAAGGAUAGGCAUUAAAUUUUAAAUUACAGAAAAUUAUAAAAGCAAAAAAUUGAUUUAUUAAUUAAUAAUAAUACUCCUUAUAUAAUUUGUAUAAUCUGUAAAUAAGAAGAAAAAUUUUAUUU